AUGCAGUACUACCGACCUCAACUCCUCAACUUCUCCGGGGGACACCCCUCCAAUAACUCCAUCCAAUCAGCUGCUUCCAAAACCCUCUUCUCCACCUCCCACUGGACGGCCCCCAACACCCAGGCUACAGGGGAGGUUCUUGUGGUCCGUGACGACCACAAAGGAAAGGGCCACGCCCUCCAGCCAGUGCCGCCAGUCUCACAGCUCGACAACAAUGGCCAGCAGCUCCCUAUUACCCACAUCAUAGUUACCCUCUGCCUGUCAUUCCAGUUUAGAGAGCUUGGAGUUGGAAAAUAUGCAGAAAUACAGCGGCUCCAUGUGGACAGUCCUCCAUGCCGACCCUCUCUGACCAGUAGCUACGUCCACGGCACCUCCACCAUCUCCCUGCUCUACCAGACCGUGGGACAGAGCCUGGAGGGUGCCGCCCAACGCUGGCCUGACCGCGAGGCCCUGGUCUUCCCGCAGGAUGGCGUCAGGAAAACAUUUGCACAGUUUCAGCAGGAUGUUAACAAGGUGGCUGCAGGUCUUCUGGCACUGGGCCUGCAAAGAGGGGACCGUCUAGGCAUUUGGGGACCCAAUACAUAUGAAUGGAUCCUCUUCCAGUUUGCUUCAGCCAAGGCGGGAAUCAUACAGGUGUCGUUGAACCCGGCCUAUGAACUAAAUGAAGUGGAGUUCACGCUUAAAAAGGUCCAAUGUAAAGCGGUGGUGUGUCCCAGCCAUUUUAAGACCCAAAAGUUCUGUGACAUGUUGCGAGAGCUCUGCCCAGAAAUUGACAAGUCACAAGUUCAGGCCAUCAAGAACUCCAGGCUACCUGACCUGCGCAUGGUGAUUGUGACGGACAGCCGUCAGCCGGGCAUGCUGCACGUGGACGACGUCUUCCAAGCAGCGGAGAGUCGUCAUUACGGAGAGCUGAUGGAGCUUCACGGCAAGAUAUCAUGCGAUGAAGCUAUCAACAUUCAGUUCACCUCUGGCACCACCGGCAAUCCAAAGGGAGUCACGCUUUCGCAUCACAACAUCGUCAAUAACGCCUACUUCCUAGGGCUUAGAACGGGUUACGACUGGAGACCUCGCGUGAAGGUGUGCAUGCCGGUGCCAUUGUACCACUGCUUCGGGUCUGUGUUGGGAGGAAUGUGCAUGGCCUUGCAUGGAAUCACGUUGGUCUUUCCCUCCACUGCCUAUGACAACCAGGCCAACCUGGAGGCCAUUCAUAAUGAAAAGUGCAAUUUCAUCUACGGCACGCCAACCAUGUACACAGACAUGAUCAGCCGGCAAGAUCUCGGAAAGUAUGAUCUUUCGUCAGUGGAAGCUGGCAUCCUGGCAGCUUCUCCAUGUCCCCCAGAGCUUGUUGCAAAAGUAAGAGCAAAGAUGAACAUGAAAGAGCUCAUGAUAGGCUACGGCACCACUGAGAACAGCCCUGUCACAUUCCUGGGUUUCCCACUCGACAACGACGAGCUGAAAUUGCACACCGUUGGCUGCGUCAUGCACCAUGUCGAGGCCAAAGUGGUGGACAUCGACACUGACGAGACAGUACCGCUGGGGAAAGCAGGGGAGCUGCUGAUCCGAGGCAGCUGCGUGAUGCACGGAUACUGGGAUGAGCAUGAGAAGACCCAAGAGGUCAUCUCCCAAGACCGCUGGUACAGGACUGGUGACCUCGCCAGCCUGACUGCUCUGGGAUACUGCCGCAUUGAGGGACGCAUAAAGGACAUGAUCAUCCGAGGAGGAGAGAACAUCUACCCUGCAGAGAUAGAGAAUUUUCUCCUCUCUCACCCCAAAGUGCAGGAGGUGCAGGUGGUUGGCGUGAAAGAUGAAAGGCUUGGGGAGCAGGUGUGUGCAUCCAUCAGACUAAAGGAAGGGCAAACAUCCACUGCAGAGGAGAUAAGAGCAUUCUGCAAAGGCCAAAUUUCCCACUUCAAAGUUCCUCACUACGUGGUGUUUGUGGACGGCUACCCCAUGACUGCAUCUAGGAAGGUCAAGAAGAACAUAUUAAAGGUGGACAUGGAAAAGCAACUAGGCCUCGACGUUUGAGGUGAUACCUUUGACAUGUCCUCAAGGCAGCAGGAUCAUGGAUGGAAGACGUCACCGUUUCAUUCCUCACGUUAUAAGCUCAAGUCAUGGCUUACAGAAAUUACACACCCCGUUCAUCAUCUCAAUGUUUAU